AUGUCUGUUUUUUCUGCACAAUCUAGUAUUAAAAGUUUUGUUGAUAGAAAGAUUUCAAUAGAUGAAAGAAAUACUGUUAAUAAGCAAUUAUUAUAUGCAUUUAUUUCUGCAAAUGUGCCAUUUUCUUUUGUAGAAAAUCCUGAAGUAAUCAAGCUUUUUAACACCAUAAGGCCAUCUUACAAAUUACCAUCAAGGAAAACUCUAAGAAUAAUUAUUUUCAAUAAAUACAAAGAAAUAGGUUUGGAUAAAUGGAUAGCUUUUGCAAGUGAUAGUGGACCUGAAUUUGUGAAGUCACAAAGGCUUAUUAGAGAAUUUUCAUAA